AUGGCGAUUGGAAACACUGAAAGUGAAGGUUCUCAAUUAAAUUCUGAAGGUAACAACAAUAAUUUUGAUCCUUAUUUCAUAGCAAACUCAGACAAUCCUACUUCUAGUUUAGUUGCUGUUCCUUUUACUGGUGCGAAUUUUGUUCGAUGGAGUAGGAAUGUUAAAAGAGCUCUAAUAGCUAAGAAUAAGGAAGGUUUCAUUAAUGGUGAAUUGCUUAAACCUACUGUUAAUCAUAAGGAUUACUUGAAGUGGAAACGAGCUGAUUUUAUGGUAGUAAGCUGGAUUUUAAGCUCUAUGAAUCAUGAUUUAGCUGAUGAUUUUGGCUAUAUUGAUAAUGCUGCUGACCUAUGGCUUGAAUUGGCUGAAAGAUUUGGACAGUCUAAUGGUCCAUUGAUUUAUGAAUUAAAGAAGGAAAUAGAGAAUUUGACUCAAGAAAAUAUGACUAUAGUGUCAUAUUACAGUAAACUGAAGAAGUUGUGGGAUGAGAUGCAGACUCUAAGAGCCUUUCCUACUUGUACUUGUGGUGUUAUGUUGACAUGUAGUUGUCAAUUUUUAAAGAAAGUGGCUGAGUUCGAAGAAGAGGACAAAAUGAUGAAGUUCUUGCUUGGUUUGAAUGGAGGUUUUGACAGUACCAUCACUAAUGUGUUAGCUAUGGAUCCUAUGCCUAAUUUGAAUAGAGUGUUUUCAAUUACUCAGCAGAUUGAAAAACAGAAGGAAGUGAGUAAUGCUGUUGUUGAGCAUAACAUUCUAAAUAGCAGUGCCAUGGCUGCACAGUUUUACAAAGGCAAUCAGGUCCAGAAGAAUGAUGGAAAUCAUGGAAAGAAAGAUUGGAAAGAGAUUAAGAAAGAAAAGUUGAAUAGGUUUUGUACUCAUUGCAAAGGGAAAGGUCAUACUGCAGAACAAUGUUUCAAGAUAAUUGGUUAUCCUGAUUGGUACAAUUCUAUCAAGGCUUCUAAAGGAAGUAACUCAAGCAACACUAGAUUUGCUGCUAAUGUAAAUUCUGCAACUGAUGCUGGUGAUGAUCCUCUUGAUAAUACAGCUGCAGACAAUGGUUUGGUUAACAGUGCAAUGCUUAAUGCCAUUUGUCAAGAAGUCAUGAAGGUGAUGAAAGGACAACAAUCUCAGAAUGCAAAUACUCCUGCAGCAAGUUGCUCUUAUGCUAACUAUGCAGGUACUAUUUCUCAUUCUUUUAACUGCACUACAACUGAAUUAAGUCAUGAUCAUUUAUGGAUUGUUGAUUCUGUUGCUUGUGAUCAUAUGACCUUUGAUGAAAAUAUUUUGACCAACAUAAGAGUUCUUAUUCAGCCUAUCAAAGUUGGUUUGCCUGAUGGAACUCAGAUGACAGUUGAGAAAAUUGGUGAUAAUGUCCUCAGUGAUGAUUUGGUCUUACAUAAUGUGCUACUAGUGAAAGGUUUUAGGCAUAAUUUACUGUCUGUUGGGAGAUUGAUUGAACAUACUGGAAUCCUAGUGACAUUUACCAAAACUGGAUACAUUUUCCAGGACCCCUCUAAUUCCAAGAUACUUGGUGCAGGAAAAAGGACAAAUGGACUCUACUAUUUUGUCAAAACUCCAGUUGAUAUCUGUCAAGGUAAUAGUUCUCAGUUACCUAGCUGCAAUACAGUUGAUAGUAUGGUUGAUGUACAUAUGAUGAGAUUUCCAAAUAAAACUUCCACUAGUAUUUCUAAGACUAAGGAUGAUGCUAGAAAUACUCUGGAUUUGUUACAUGCUAGAUUGGGUCACCCUUCUCUGUCAAAAAUGAAAUUUGUGAAUGCUGAAUGUUGCAAAUGA